AUGGACCAAAUACCGCCGUACGAGUUUACCAAGUAUGUGCUCGCCGCGCGAUCGGCGGUCGCCGCGUGCUCGGCCUUCGAAGUGCUGCUCAUUCUGUUCGGCGCGCUCGGCGACAGCGGCUUCGUUUCGAAGCUCAUCUAUUUUCUACUCGUUGGAGCAUCGGCAGCGGUCUCAGCGCACAAUUUAGCUUUGAACGUUGAUGGACGCGAGGAGAUCAAAAAGGUGAUGACAUCCACGGAUAAUGAAGUUCGCGGCCGCUCUGCUGCCUUGGUCUUUGUGCCAGCGUUUGCCGGAGUGUUCGUCUUCCUGUGCGUCUCUGGCCACAUCUUCUUCUCGCUGUUCGUCCUCAUUCACGUGCUCGCCUCUGUCGGCCAACUUGGAAUUGAAGCUUAUGAAGUGAGCAAGAACAAGGGCGGUGCUCCGGGAGAUCCGGCUUCGUCAUCGGCUCCUCCGGCCCAAUAG